AUAUUUUACAAGGAUUUGAUCGCACAUUCAUUUGACAGUGCAUUCCGCUAUACUGUCCUUGAGCAGCCUUCUACAUCUAUUCUCGAUCUUCAUAUGCUGUCAGCAACCACUUCUGCCAGCGUUGAAUCGACAGGAGUUUCCACUGACAUUAUUCAAGGACCUGAUCCGCCUGUUAUGCUGACCGAAGUGGCUAGGGAAAAGGAUCUAUCUAUUCCUGAUUUCCCCAUUAGAGUACAGUCCAACAUAACCGCUACCAAUAAUGUCGCUACAACAUCUACUAUCGAACUCAACUGGGGCUACCAAACCCAGGUGCUUUCUUGUCGAGGCUACCUCUUUCUGUAA